ACAGCGUCGAGCACACAGAGUGCAACUGGUUUUAGAGCUGCGGAGACGCAGAGCGUUCAAAACCGCCGUAGAGAGAGCAAUGACAGGAAGGAAACGAGGACAGACUCAGAGAGACGUAGAGACGGAGGGGAAAACGGCAGAUCAGGGUCGACGGGGCUUUCCAUUGUGUAGGAUCAGAAGGAGGGAAAAGAAAUCUGCUGCCAAACGCCUGCUCAUACAUCACAGAGAGACGAGUGAGCGAGGAGAGUGCCAGACAAAAUAGAGCUGAGCUAGAGUUUAACCAGGGAGUGUCAAGGGAAACCGAAGGCUUGAACCUCUACACACAAGCUGAGGACUGUGAUCGAAUGUGCCACUAAUGGCAAAUAUGGAUUCCACGGACAACGAAAAGUGUUUUAAAGAGGGGAAAUGCUGUGCGGUCUGUCCUGCAGGGACGUACAUGAAGGAAGAUUGCAGUGCCACACAGGCGAUAAAGUGCAGUCCGUGUCCACAAGGGAGAUUCACAGAGCAGAUAAACCGCCUGAAACAUUGUAUUGGCUGCAGCAUCUGCGUUAAAAACAGCUUUAAAGUGAGCAACUGCACAACUGUCAGUAACACAGUUUGGCAGUGCAAGCCGGGUUUCUACUGCGAUGACCAAAAGUGUGAACACUGCAGGCCCUGGACCCUGUGCUCUGAGGGUGAAGGAGUCAAAGAGCAACCUACUCAUAAAACAAACACAGUCUGCACUCCAUGCGGAGAUGGGACCUACAGCAACGUCACAGAUCACUCCUCUCCCUGUAAACCGCACUUCAGAUGUGAGGACUAUGGACUAGAGCUGAAAACUCCAGGAACCCCAACAGCUGAUGUGCUCUGUCAACAAAGUAGAGCUCACUGUACCUGGAUGCUGCCUGCAGGCCUGUGGGCCGGACUCGUGUUGACUAUUGUGCUCGUGGCUGCUUUCAUCUUCUGGAGGGCAAAGCGGAGAUCCUACAGAGCAGGCAUGCAUACCAAGGUGAAGAUUGGCACUGAGCAGGUCGUUCCUCCACCAGAGCUGCUCUCUCACUGCCAGGAGACCUGCAACGACUGCAAGUUACCACCUUCUACUUCAGUCUCAUUUGGUGCGCCAGAAAUCCCAGUCGGUGCAAUGGAGGCUGGGCGUGUUUUCUCAGAAGGAUGUCCGCCCUCAUUGUUGACUCUGUCGUCCUCUUCAGACGAUCACUUGAUCAUCCGCAGCAUGACGGACAGCCUGGACAGCAGCUUCCCCAUCACUCCCAUGAAGGUCUCGUUCGCUGAACCCAAUCCCAUCAACAGCAGCAAAGGCUACAGCAGCAACUACCUCAGGUCGUGCUCAGAGCCCCAGGAGGACGAGUGGUGUGGGACAUAAUGACUACCGAGAGCAGGACCCUGACGGAGCCGGUCCCUGGCUCAGAGAUGCUGAAACUACUGAUCAAAAGAGAUUUGAAUUUGAGUCUGAGUAGAGAUCAGCAGGGCUGACGGUUUUCUGCCCCCUGCAGGACUUUGGGGAAAACUUCAGAUUGUGUAAAGAAAUAUUUUUGUCCUCACAGCUGAUUGUAUGUGAAAAAUAACAGAGAUUAAGCUCUACAUAACAGGAAAAAACAGAUGCUUAUAGUUAAAAUACAACAACACUGUUUUGGAUAGAUUAUAUAGGUCUUUGUCGCGGACUUCCCUUAUUCUUCAAAAAUCAGACAACAAAUUCUGGCUCAGCAGGAAUUGUAAACUCAUAAAAGCAGUCGCUGAAAUGAGAAACAGAGUUGCGGACAUGGGACCAGGCAAUCAAUGCAGUAUGUUUUGCUUUUCUUAUGAUUUGUUACUUUAUUAACACAAUUUUGUUAAAAAAUCUCUCCGAGACGGUUUUAAAGGCACUUUGAAACUGUAAAAAAAAAAUGGAUUAUUCACCAAUCAUAAAAUAGUAUGAUCAUUAAUGGAAAGCAGUAAAAAGGCUACAUUCUGCAUGAUAAACCUGAUGGCAUUUUAGAUUUGGAGAAAUAAAUAAACAAAUCUUCUAUCCUGUAGACGUGAUAACGAAACGUCUUUCUGAGUGCGCUGAAGGAUAAUGAGUCCUGAAGACUUCAUGGUGACAAACUUGAACUCACUGCAGCGCUCCUGAGCCCACUCAGUAAUGUCCACUUCAGAGUUACUUUAACAACAAUUUAUUCAUAUUUACCGACACGUUAAUUCGACGGUUCAGUUAAACAGUUAGAAGCAGCCAAUAUAUCUUACCCAUGGCGUAUAACCCUCAUGGCUUUCUCCUUUCAUAUAAAUCCAGAUGUGUGCAAUCGCUCAUCCAAGAAAGGGAAAAGUGGACCUAUGUCGCCUUAAGACAAGUCCAAUCUGAAACACUUCAUGAUUUAUGGGAUGGCUGUGUAAUGAACCUUUACAGCGUGUGGGCCGAACUUUUAGAUGUGUCGCCUUAGGACCUGAAACCUAACAUACUUACAAGUGUAAAGUCUGCACGCAAAUUCAAGAGUCGUGCUUUAAUUCUGGAAAACCAGCUUUCAUUUUAACUGUGACAUAUUUCUUUUCUGAUUUUAUAAGCGUCAGAGGCCUUGUUCAGUCCUCCAGCUCUGUAAGAAAGAGGCCCUGAAGCGUUAAAACUGAGAGAAAAGCAAAAGUUCACUAAAGAAAUCUCAGCUCAUGCGCCAAAAAAGAAAAAAAAAAAAGAAGAAGAAGACCGAUACGUCAUGAAGAGGCGUUAACAAAGCCAGGAUCUGAAUUAAAUUUAAAUAUAAUCUAAAGUGGUUUGCUCAGUCUGUGGAAAACUGACUCACCUUCUCAUUUAAUGGUUUGCCUUUAUACCUCUGGGAACUCCAAGACAGUUGGAAAACCAUUUCGGGUGGCUAACCCCAUGAAGGUCAUAAAGAGAAGGCCAAAAGUGACCAGAGCAGUAAUCAAAACAAAGGUGGGGUUAUUUCAAAAUCUUGUGUUUGAUAACUUAACGCUAUGCACUUUUGAGUCAUAGUUUUGAUGUCUUCACGGUGUAUCUGCAAUGUAGAAAGUCAUAAAAAAAGGGAAAAGCCACUGAAUGACAAACCUUUGACUGGUAGCGUACAUAUUUAGUUAAUUAUCAAAUGUAUACUUGUAAAAAUCUCCAUGCAGUCAAUUUGAUCUCCCCAUAAAAAAAAAAAA